AAGAUUCAAAAACAGACGGUAAUUCACGAUGAGCGUAGUCUUGAAGAGAGUUUUUGUUAUUGUGAGAAAGCUACUAUUCUUUAGAAGACCGUCAUGUUUGUCACUCUGUGGAAUUUUUCUCUUACUCGCACAUCUCGUCUCCGCUGAUGACGUAGUCUGUUUUGAUCAGCAUUUCACCUACACAAGAUGUUGCAUCGAAAGAGACCCUUCUUGUCUGCAAACGGGGAGUUCUGCAGCAGCGUCUCCCUCUGCAGCAGAAACAGCGGACGGACAAGUACUAGAGGAUGGGACAACCAAUCAAGGCUCGAUGUCCCGACAAGAAGCGCAACGGUUUCUGCUUUUCUGCUGUUCUCCAGUGUCCAGGGCCUUGAUGGUGCACGACUGGCCUGCACAUCUGGGAAAUGCCAUGAUCGUGCUGUCCGAGACGGCGUUCUUGUCCUUCGUUUUGAGAAGGUCGGUUUUGAUCCCGUUGCAAACCCAAUUGUUUCACGACACGAUGGCAGAUAUGCGAAAAUUGUACAAUAUAGUGGACGAAGAGAAAAAUCCGAGGAUAGACUUGCUAGAACUUCUCACAGAACAGUCGAUACAUGCGAUUCGAGAUCCAGCGGUUCUGAAUGGGUUGUUUCCUCCAGCAAAAUUAGCAACAGGAGGAAAUCGAGAAGACCAACAGAAUCCUCUAGCCAGUCGCACUGUCCAUUUCCGAUUCGGACAAACGUUUUUCAACCUACGUUGUCCCAACGUGCAUCUGACCGAUCCGCCAGGUGGCUCUGGGCGUGAUGGGCCUUUCAGGUUCGUUUUACCUACUGACGGCGAUGAAUUGUUGCGUACUGUGUUUUCGCAGUACUACCUUGGCUUUUUCCAUAGUGAUGGGUUGGAAACGAUCAAUGACAUGGCGAGUAGUGGAGCUUUAUCGAAAGAGCUUGGCGCGUCAGGGAAAUUCGAUCCGAAAACGGGCAAGUUUGAUCACUCACGACGAGCACAGAAAGGAGAUCAGGAGGGAGACCAGACUAUAGAGCAAGAGAUGGAUCUAGAAAUGCUAGAAGCUCAUUAUUCACAUCUACAAGACAGAUACGUUGGGCGGUAUAGGCUGAGCCUGGCAGCUUUGGGGGAAGACCAUUUGCGCCAAUACGAUGCACGGACGACACGGCAGAUGAUAGCGAGUGGUAGUGAUGGGAAAGAAUUGGUCUUCGCGACGUUGCGGGAUAGAUUGGUGCAGGAUCCAGCCUUUGGAAACGAACAGUCGUUGGAUGAAGAAACUCCCAUCGUGGGAGAUUUGGAUGAGAAAAAACAGGCGAUUUUACGACGAUACCUCACCAGGCAGGGCGGCGACUCAGCAGUACCAGAUACAGAACAAGAACAAAGGAGAGAAGAAUUUGCCACUAUACUCGACUCAGUGUCAGACACGCAGAUUCGAGACCUGUAUGAGUUUCUUUUUCUAGGUAUGGCGCCCAGCCGAAAGCUUCUGCCGAGACUUGUCUUGCCAUUCUUAGCGCGUCGCUGUGGGGAAGCAGACGCUGGCUCGCUAGAAGAAGUUUUAGAGCAUGAGUCAUCGUCGUCUCCAGAAUUGGGUACAACAACAACUACGUCUUCUUCUUUUUCAUCCCAAAUGCAACAAAUGGGCCUCACAGCUUCACGCCAUGGCAGCACCUUGACUGAGAUGCUUGAUGGUGGCAGACCCUGCGCUAUGGAUUACUAUGAAAGUAUGUUGUUACAGAGUGAGCGCUGCAUCAACUUUCGACAACUCUUCGCAGCGUUAAAGUGGAACUCGUAUCCUCAAGCCGCAGAGUUUCAUGGUAUGUUCCACCGCUUCUUCUGGAAAAACGUGCUGGAAGCAUUUGUCGUCGUGCCGUUGUUGAAGGAAGGUGGGGGGCUGGCAUCGCAACCACAACCACAACUACAUCACGAAACUCCUAUCCUCACACAAGUUCUGAAUCAACAACUUCUUUUGAAUUUGCUCAAACAUCGUGUUGUGGCAGUACAUUUACGCUCUGCUUUCGGCAUUCAUCCUUGGCAGGAGCUUUUGGAGGUAGCUGUGAAGGCUGAUUCUAGAGUAGUUUUCGUUGCGUCUGAUAAACCGCAAGAUCCAGGAGUGGUGUCUUUCGUCUCCAAUCUCCGAGAACAGAACCUGUUGGUUUUCACGUCGGCGGAUCUGAAUCGGCCUAAGAGCGGUGGUGCUGGUGUGGGGGGUGAUGUUAUGACAAGAAAACCAUAGAGAUGCACAUGAUUAUUACUAGUUUUAGCGCAUGAUGAAAAAAGUCAACUUAUCACCGACUUUUCACCUUGUUGACUUUGUCUUGUUUUUGCAUAUAGAUUAUAUCUUUGUUAGAAAUUUGCUUUCAUAAUCCAGGACACCGACACGCGAGGCAAACUUGCGGAUAUGGCACUGCUGAUGGACGUAGCUGUUUGCGCCCUCGCUCCUCAUUUCGUUGGUUCGGCGUAUAGCAGUCUCUCGUUUCUGGUCGCAAAAUUCAGAUUGGAGAUAGAAAGUAUGUAUCGACGAGCAGACCGUAACGUUGUGAAAGCAGAAGUAGUACAGAAAAAGGACCAGCAUAGCUCAACGACCGCUGCUUCAUCUCAGCUAGAACGUGAAAGAGCCGUCGUCCAAAAUAGAAUCCAAAAGUUCGAUUACUUCGCAAAAAAUAAACCUGAGGAUGCGACACUUUUACUGAGAUACUAUGAAAACUUGUGGGCCGCUGAUCGAAAGACGCACUUUUUCCCAGAUGGGCCUGCAACGGUGACAGGAGUGUUUCCCUUGGAGUUCUACGCUGAAGAUGUGUGGACUUGGUUGUGGAAUUUGGGACAGGUGAUGUUUCGGGCGAAUGAGUUAUACCUCAGUGGAGGAGCAGCGGAACAAAUUGAGUCAUCGCCCACAAGUGAAACUACUACAUCGAGCUCGUCCCAGAGUGCGGGUCCUUCAUCUCCUUCGUCUAUCCACACCAAGCGCACGGAUCAAAAGUUGUGGACUCGUGACGCCGUCGUUUUCAGACGGGAACUAGAUUUCGUUCGGUUACGAGAAACCCAUUAUCAGGCUUUUUACUCAGCCACAAUGCCUGGUGACAGCGCGCGACCGAAGCCAGAAGAUUUCGCCAAUAUCGGAGCUGAGGCGAAUCUGUAUCCGUGUGAAUCAGAUCAGGCGAGUCUUAUCUCUACGGGUGCUAAGAACAAGAACAGCAUCAUCAGGGAUAGUACACACAUGAAAACAGACGUGAAGGAAGACAAACCGGCGAGUGAGUCAGAUCAUAUAAAAAGAGCAGAAGACCACGAUCCAGGAGAGCCUCCAUGUCGCGCCUCCUCUUGGCACCACUGGUCGAUUGAUAGUGUGCAAGCUGCUACACAGUUCUUCGACUAUGCUUCUCGAAAACUUUCCUGUACUGUGGGCGUUUGGAUACUGCGGCUGCGUUUUUUGUUGUUCUACUUUUUGCAAGCGAAUUACAGUGAGGAAGCUUGUCGUCACAAUCUUGGGUCCUUCGGCUACUUGACGCACAAAUUUUUCUUCAGUGUGAAAGAGGAAACAUUGUACAACGUGGCUGGGAUUUAUAGACGAGCUGCGUGGCCAUUGUUGAACUUUUUGUAUGCUGUUGUGAGAAAGACGCGAUGUCGAGGACAGAUAUUGCAUCGUUGGACAGUGGAGGGGUCGACGGCUGAGGAAGAGAAAGCGUUAUUCGCUGUAGCAAAUGAUGCGCAUAAGAUGGCUGGUUUUUACGGUAGACAACCAGAUCUGCGUCGCGGUAGACCGAUGUUGCCGGAAGAAGAUACAACUUUGCUUGAGCCCGUUAUUGGUGGUCAUGCCGCGUCUAGAACGAGAGCGUCUUCUGGUACGGAAAAACUAUAUUUUCUCUCACCUGCUGUUUCCUGUGCGUACAACCGGACGUUAGCUAUGAACCUUCCAGGAACGUGCGAUUUAGGGGUCGUGGGGGAAAAGGAGCAAAUGCUGAGAGAAGAACCUUCGGUUGAGCAUAGAUCAAACUUCAACCUUCUCGAGACAAUGUCCAAAACUCUGCGAUUACUUUCUCAACGCGGCUUCGUCUCAUACCGCAUCGCGAACUACAAUGCCCCUGCGCGAACAAAACGAAGACCCUUUUUCAGAGUCAGAUUCGAUUUCAACUGGAUAGAACUUGUGUUUGCUUUAUGGAUUGCGGAUGAGCGGUCAGAGGAAGCGAUAGCUGCUGAAACUAAGCGUGCCUUGGAAACUGUCGGUGUAGCAAGCCUAGUGCCAGACGAAGCAGAGUUUCUCUACACUCUGAAAUCGAAGAUCUUGCGUGCAGCGCCAACAGUGAGACGACAUUUUCGCAUACGAAGUAAAGGGGUAAAAGUACCAUUGAACGAGUCCUUGUCGGACCCUGGGGAGGUUAGCGGCCGACAAGAAGAGAGAGGCGCUGUUUUCGACCUCGCUAAGAGUAGAGUGGAGCCGGGAAUGAAUCUUCAGUCGGCAGAGAGGAGUGGCAAUGUUACCAGGAGUGGCAAUGUUACCUCGAGGACUACAGCUGCAACCCAUACUGAUAAUUCUGAAUCGCAAGAUUUUCCUACCUUUUCAUUCUCUUCCCAAGAGGUCCUUUACGUGAGGCUGAUGCAGCGUCUACUACUAACCCUUGUGCAUAAUCCCAUCGUUGAUACAGGCACAGACGUCUGGCGCCAGAUUCUCAAGUUGAAGGCUGAGCCCAAAGCGGUAGAUCAAAC